UACUAUAUUACUACUAGGUCAGAUUCAAUACAUCUGUAGCCUAUGCCUAUUAUAAAGUUGACUAGUUGUAGUUAAGUCUUGUACAUUAUUCAAAUUUUACUAUUACUAGUAUUAGUAAUAACAGCAUAAACUGUAAGUGAUAUAACUUUAGUUUCCCUGAAUACAGAAUAUUCUGAAAUUUAAAACAAAGCUGUAAAACUUAGAACUAACUUAGUAGAACUUGUUAAGGAAAUUAUCAUGUAAAGGAGGAUUCGUUUUCAUCAAGAAAUGAUUUUCAGAUUUAUAAUCUUACAAGCAUUAAAAAGAAAAAAAAAACAAUCCAAGAUUUUCCAAAUACUCCUUCAUAUAAUUAUGGCUUCAAGUUCUCUAAGUCAAGAAGAUGCUGAUCAUGACUUUGAAAUAUCAUCACGUCGAUCUCGUAUUCGUACUGCAAGAGCUAAUGCAAGAAAUGUCCCCACAUCUAGCAGAAGUGCUGUAACUGAUGGAGUUGGUGUCGGCGAUGCAGAAGCCAGUGUUCAAGUAGGACCAGUUUAUACAUCUGGUAUUGGGACUUGUGGUGUGGCAGAUAGUUCUGGGAUAACAUGUGGAGUAGUUGACCAAGAUAUUUCUCCUAAACCAACUUCAAGAGUUAAGGAUAAAAGAUGCCCACGGCCAAAUCAUGUAAAUAAAGGGAAGGCUCAACGUGAGAGAAGGAAGCUACGUGAAAAAAGGAGAAGUACAGGAGUGGUACACCUUCCAUCAACAGAGGCUCCAAGAAGUCAGUGUAUCACUAUUCGAGUAACCUUGUAUGCUAGCACACGGUUAUACAAAGCCAGGAAAGAACAACUAAGGCAACCUUUUGUAUUGGCACACAACUGA